AUGGAAAUGAAAAUCACCAGAUUAGAAAUGGAUAUCAAGAGACUUUUGUCAGUCUGUGAAGACAUGGCCCAAAAUAAUUUAUCUGAUGAUUGGAAGUUAAGCAAGGUACUUAUUUUGUUUGUCUUCUAAUAAGGAAUUUAAAAUUUGUAGUAUUACAAUGAAUACAACUUUUACUUUAGUAUAUUGAAGCUGUCAGUGAAAUGAUUACAGAAUUGAUAAAGAAAAGGUAGAUAAAAUAUUUAUUUACAUAAAUUAAUUUAUAAUAAAAUUUCUCUAUCCAGCGAGAGAACAGACCCAGUUCUGCUCUUGUGGUCUUGGCAAUAGUUGACUUGUGGUGGAAUCUCUCGCUGUACAGAGUAUAGGUAAUAAAGUACAUUGUGUUUCAGAUUAGUUAUAUAUUUAAAUUAUUUUAUUGAUUUUUAUUAUUUAUAGUGAUCCAGACAAAGAUUCUCUUAACCAGUACACAAAGCGGAUGCAAUUCCUUCAAGGAUUUUUGAAUACUAAAGAAAUUGUAAUAUUAUAUUAAUAUAAUUAUAAUUAAAAAUAAUAAAACUGUUAUUUUCUAUGUUGAAGAAAAACCCAGAAGAAAAAUUAGUCGCAUUAGAAAUGUUGGAACCCACACAAGUAUCUAAUAGUCGUACAAAAGACAUUAAGCAUAAAUACAAGGUUACUUAUACUAAACAAUUGAGGGAUGAACUCCUUGGAAGUAAAUUAAUUUCUUUUACAUGCAUUAUAAUGUAUUUAUAGUAUUUAAUUGGGUUUAGAUGACGUAAAUGAAUUUAAAUCAUUUAAACAAUCGGAUGUCGAUAGUAAUGAUAAUUUAAAUGAAUUAUUGAAACAUCAUCAAAACAAACAAGAUUCUAUUGCUGAAGAAUUGAUAGCUAUUACUCGAGGUUUACGAGAAAAUUCUGAACUUGCUGGAAAAAUAAUUAAAAAAGAUAUUGAAGUAAUAAUAUUGUUUACUACAUGCAUUAAUAUAUUUAAUUUUUAAAGCCACUUUAUAUUAGGUUUUAGAAAAAUCAUCAAAAGGUAUGGAUACUAAUUAUGAAAAUUUAAAACGAGAAGAACAAAAAUUAAUGGAGUUUGUAAGAAAAAGCUCUUGGAGAUGUUGGAUAUGGGUUUUAGCUGUUGCUAUGGUUGCUAUUUUUAUAAGUAUGUAUUUUGCAAAUUAUUUAAUAUUGUAGGUAUUAAUUGUAAUGUAUAAUAAUAAUAAUUACCCAAUGUUCAAAUUUUAUUUUUUGCAGAAAUGAUUUUGUUUAUCAAAGUGACAAAAAAAAAUUAA